UGCCACUGCCUACGUUACGAUAUAAUCUCACAGGAGACAAGUCAUCUUCAGUGAGUCUUACCUCCACAUGGCAGCAAACGCUGACAGACGCCCUUCAGACCUCCCCCAGGGAGGAAAUAUUACACUAUUUGAGUAACAAUCCCGAGGAGAUUGUGUGAUUCUGGACGAAACAAAAGUACGCCGCAAUUCCACCAGUCAGUCUGUUGCCUGCCUGUCAUCCCCUGGAUCAGAGAUGACUGCCUCCAUGCCCUUGUUCCUCUCAGCCAUUAUGAUCCUCAGCAUCUCCUCUUAUGUGCUCCUCCAGAGGCUCCUACUGCUGGCUCAGACAGGGAUCACUCAUCAACACGAACCCAGGAACCUCACCAUCCUGCUGUGGCACUGGCCCUUCGGCCGUCCCUACAGCCUGGAGGGAGAUGUGUGCAGCAACGAGUACGCUAUCCCAGACUGCCUCCUCAGUGACAACACCUCCCUGUUCCCCCAGGCAGACGUGGUGGUCUUCCACCACCAUGAGCUGAAGACCGGCCGCUCUUCCCUGCCUCUCCACCUCCCCCGGUCAGUCUCCCAGCGCUGGCUCUGGCUGUCCCUUGAGCCCCCGGUGCACAAUGGCAACCUGACCCAGUACAACGGACUGUUCAACUGGACCAUGAGCUACCGAGGCGACGCUGACAUAUCCAUGCCCUAUGGGAAGAUAGUUCCGGUUCCACAUAACGGUAUCAGUAACGGUAGCAGCUAUGUGAUCCCCAAGAAGGGGGCUUGUCUGGCCAGCUGGGUGGUCAGCAACUACAGGCCGGACCAUGCCAGGAGUCAAGUCUACCAGAGCCUGAGUAAGUACAUUCCCAUAGAGGUGUAUGGACACUGGUCAAAGAGGCCACUGACCGACCAAAGUCUGAUACCCACCAUUGGCCACUGUAACUUCUACCUGGCUUUUGAAAACUCAGUGGCAUUGGACUACAUAACUGAGAAGUUGUGGAGGAAUGCCUACCAAGCAGGGGCAGUACCUGUGGUUCUGGGGCCCACUCGGGCUAACUAUGAGGCCCUUGUGCCACCAGGCUCGUUCAUCCAUGUCAGUGACUUCAAUAGCACAGAGGGGUUGGCUGUCUUCCUACAGCAGUUGGCCACAGACAGAGGACGCUAUGAAGGUUACUUCAAGUGGCGUCAGACACAUAAAAUCAAGAUGUACACAGACUGGAGAGAGAGGCUCUGUAAUAUCUGUGUCAACUAUCAAAGACUACCAGGUAACAAGGUGUACUACGAUUUGGAGGCAUGGGCCAGUAGAUAACAUCACAGAUGCUUUUGCUACUGUAGGUUAUUUUGUACUACAAUAUGUUCAAGAACUUGUACAGUAGCCUGUUUUUUUCCCCAUGCAAAACAACAGUUUGCAGUGAAACUUGAAAUGCAUUCAGUGCUUCUGCACCUGCAUUGCUUGCUGUUUGGGGUUUUAGGCUGGGUUUCUGUACAGCACUUUGAGAUAUCAGCUGAUGUAAGAAGGGCUAUAUAAAUAAAUUUGAUUUGGUUCA